AUGGUACAUCAACACGGCGACCACAGCGAAAUUCCGCACAAGCAUCGCGUCGACAGACCCGGUGCUUGGUUGCCCGCUGACCACCGUGUCCAUCGUGAGUGGCUGGGUCGCCAAAUUGACCUUGUCGACAAACAUGGAGAGAAGGAACUCAUCCCAGUGUUGCGCGAGUUCAAGGAGUUGAUCGAGAGUAACCCCCGCAUUUACAUGUACUUCACCGAGAUGUGGGAUGAGAUUCCGUCCAAGCCACCGUACCAGAAUGAUCCAACGGGGAAGUCCCAGAUUCGGAACUAUCACCACAUGCUUCAGGUUCUGAACUAUGUGUUCGGCCGUGCACCUGAGUGGACGGAUGCGGCCGCGAGCGUAGGCAUGGUCGGAGUUCCGAUGGCGGCUAUCUUUGACUACGCAAUGGGCACGCCAAGCGGCCAUGCAGCCUUUCUGGAUCCAGAUGUCAAUCGCAUGUUGAAGAAGAUCCUCAACGAGUGGGGCAAGUACCUCAAGGUAUGUUCUAAUCUCACGCUCAACACGUCCCCGGAGUCAGCAGAGGUCCUGGGCGACCACCGAGCCGGUUGGUUUGGGGAGGUGGGCUACAAGGACCUGAUGGAGGUGGCCAAUGCCCCCAACAAAACGUCCUUCGAAUUUCAGGACAUGUACAUCUGCGAGCCGUCAGAGAAGCAUUUUGGCUUCAAGUCAUGGGACGACUUCUUCACUCGCAAAAUAAAAGACUCUGCGCGGCCAGUCGUCUCUCCCGACGACGACAAUGUCGUCGCCAACGCUUGCGAGUCAAAGGUAUUCAACGUAUGCCGGGACGCCAAGCUGCGUGACAAGUUCUGGAUCAAGGGGCAGCCGUACUCCGUGGUCGACAUGCUCGGCAACGACCCCUUAUCGAAACAGUUCGCGGGCGCCACCGUCUAUCAGGCCUUCCUCUCCGCUCUCUCCUACCACCGGUGGCACGCGCCGGUCUCGGGCAGGGUCAAGCGCUGUUUCGUGCGCGACGGGACCUACUUUAGCGAGCCGCUGUUCGAGUCCUCGGCCGAUGGGGGCGACAUCGACACGGGAGGCAUCAGCGUGGCACAGGGUUAUCUCUCGGCGCUGGCGACGCGCGCCAUCAUCUUCAUCGAGGCCGACAACCCGGCCAUCGGGCUCAUGGCCUUCAUCGGAAUCGGCAUGGACGAGGUCAGCACCUGCGAGAUCACGGUAACGGAGGGGCAGCAUGUCAAGAAGGGGGACGAGAUUGGCAUGUUCCACUUUGGCGGCUCGUCGUUCUGUCUCCUGUUACGGAAGGGGGUCAAGGUAAGGGGGUUCCCCGAGCCUGGGAGGAAAGAGAACGUACCGGUGCGUUCUCGGCUAGCGGUUGUCGAGCCGUGA